AUGGCGCUGCGCUCCCCCUCCAGCACUCCUCGGCUGGAUCUGGCAUCCCGUGAUUCGCCGCCGUCCGAGUCUCCGCCUCCCGACUCUCAGGGUGGAUCCAGCAAUGGAGCUAAAGCAGAAGUUGGUAGGAAGACAAAGGAGGGAGUGGAUCAUUUGUUGGCAAAAUUAGAAAAAGAGGGAGUGGAGAUAGAUGACAAGAUAGCUAGUAUUAUUGAUGAUGGGAUAGCUAGAAUUAAAACUGAAGCCGUGAGGGAGAAUAUCAAUGAGCCAAAAAGGAAUUGGAUAUCGGUACUGGACACUGUUGCAUGUAUUGCUGUUGGUUUCAUGAUGGGAGUGAAAUGGUAUGAACAUGCCUUCCUUGCAGCAAAUACCAAAGAUAAGAUGCGCCGCCCUCCAUGA